CGUGCAUAUAUUACACUCUCCAUUGAAGCUGCUUUUUCAUUUGGAAAGGGUGUCCUCUUGCUAAAACAACAUGUCUUCUUAUUCUUAUAAACAGUCAUCUCACAAAGCCUCAUCUCACAGUGGAGCAGGAAGUGGUGCUUAUGGUGGUGGAUUAGGCUAUGAAGCAGGUAUUGGAUAUGGUGGUGGUGCUGGUCAUCUCACUAGCGGAGCAGCUAACUAUUGCUUUAGUAGUGGUAGUGGUGUUGGAUUUGGAGGAAGCUAUGGUGGUGGAUCAGGUGGCUUUGGAGGAAUCCAUGGUGGUGGAUCAGGUGGCUUUGGAGGAAGCCAUGGUGGUGGAGCAGCUGGUUUUGGAGGACACUAUGGUGGUGGAGGACACUAUGGUGGUUUUGGAGGAGGUGAAGGCUUCUUCUCUGGAAGUGAAAAACAUACAAUGCAGAAUCUUAAUGACCGGUUGGCCAAUUAUCUGGAUAAAGUCCGUGCCUUGGAAGAAGCAAAUGCUGAGCUUGAGCGUAAGAUUAAGGAAUGGUAUGAAAAGCAAAGGGCUGGUAGUGGUUCAGGGGAUAAAGGAAAAGACUACUCAAAGUAUUUUGCCACAAUUGACCAGCUCAACGGUCAGAUUGUUACAGCCAUCAAUCAAAAUACAAGCGUGGUCUUGCAAAUUGACAAUUCCAGGCUUGCUGCCGAUGACUUCAGGCUGAAGUUUGAGAAUGAGCAGACUCUCCGCCAGUGUGUAGAGGCCGAUAUUAAUGGCCUGCGCAGAGUCCUGGAAGAACUGGCCAUGACCAGGUCUGACUUGGAAUCCCAACUUCCGAGUCUCGCUGAAGAAGUUGCUGUCCUCAAGAAGAACCUUGAAACUGAAAUUAAGGGAGGCAAAGAACAAACUAUGGGUCAAGUCACCGUAGAAAUGAAUGCUGCACCAGGUAACGAUCUAACGCAGGUAUUGAAUGGUAUGCGAGCACAAUAUGAAGCAAUGGCUGAGAAGAAUCGCAGGGAUGCUGAAGACCGGUACAAUAAAAUGAGUGAAGAUCUGAAGAAAGAAAUACACACUGGAGCACAACAGGUACAGACCAGCAAGAGUGAAGUGUCAGAGCUGAAGAGGACACUGCAAGCCUUGGAGAUUGAGCUUCAGUCACUUAUUGCCAUGAGAAAAUCACUGGACAGCACACUGGCAGAGACAGAAGGCCGAUACUGCCAGCAGAUUUCACAACUUCAGGCACAGAUUACUAUAGUUGAAGAACAACUGGCACUGAUUAGAGGAGACAUAGAGUGCCAGAAUGCAGAAUACGAAGAUCUUCUGGACAUUAAGACCAGAUUGGAGGCAGAGAUUGAACAAUACCGCAGACUUCUGGAAGGAGGAGAAAGUGGUAAAGGGCAAGCAAAGCAAUAUACUGGAACCGGCAGUACUUCAGGAUCCAGCACAGGAUCACAGAUGACAAGGAGAGUAAAGCAGGUUAUUGAAUAUGUGGAUAAUGGCAAAGUUGUGAAGUCUGAGGUUGUGAAUAAAGAUAUGCCAUACUAAAAUCACCUCCCAAGAGAUGGCUUCUGCUCAAGCAAAAUGGAAACCUGCUAAAUUCAUUUACAAAUCUUUUGUAUUCAGUAUACUUUGCUUAUUAUUUUAUGGGACAGUAUUAUGUUGGGAAGAACAUAAGAGAGGUCAAUCAAUAAUGUUAGACUGUCUCAAAUGUUGGAUAGAAACAUGUACGUAUGCUUACAUCAUUCUCUCGAUCCCAUAAUGCUAUAGUAGUCGGUUUUCUGCCCAAUAUUUUCUAUGUGUUCUGCACAUGUACUUUUGCUUUGCACAAUUAAGAAAGUAAACUUUUCUGAUGCAAGUUA